CCGAUUUUCGUGGCAGUUGCCUCGCGAAAGCAAAUCGAAAAGGACGUGUGUUAAUAAAAUUAACUAAACAUCUGUAAUAAAGUGUGCAUUAAAUUAAAUGUACUUUAAAAUCUAGUUUUAUUAAUUUAAUUCCGUGAAAAUUUUCUGUGAGAAUAUAACUUAUUUUAUACAUUGUUAACCAGUCUUCAAAAUAAUUACAUUAAAGAUCAUGUCGGGAAAUAUUCCUCAGUCGGAAUCAGAGAACAAAGAAAAUGUGUAUUUGGACGCACACAAUAAAUUUUCCGGCAACUGUAAAAACAAGAAAGGAUUGAUAGUAAAUGCAGAUUGUUCUAUAUUAAAUUGCACAACAGUGCUGCCCAAGACUUGCUGUGAGAAAACAAAUUUUAAAAUCUUUUGCGAUGACGAUAAGGAAAGUUCCCGUUCACGCUCACGCGAACGAAAGAACAUGUGUAAAAUUAGAAAGCGAAACAGUGAUAAGACGACUGAAAAAACAAAUACAUUAACAACAAAAGUCGAAAAAAAGAAAAGUUCAGAUGCCAUUUUAUAUAGAGCACGUUCUUCAAGCAACUAUCGAAGCAAAGUUUCUAUAGAUAAUAACAACAUGAACAAUAAAUUAUUUCAGAGAUCGUGCUCCGAAACUAGAAAAAUUCCUCCACAGUACGCACAAUGCGUUGCAGCAGCAUCGUCACAUACUCCUACACGCUUAAAAUCUAAACAUCUUUCCGCUGAAGUUAAAAAACGAACACUUACGAGUAUUGAAAUGUGGAAGGACAAAAUGAGGAAGUCAUACGGUGCUGUGCCUAAAAACUUGGCAAACAAAUAUCCCAAUGUACAUAAAACACAUACUAAAAUCAAGCAGCGAAAGAGUGUUGAAUUCGUUCUAGAGCCUCAAAGAUUGAAUCUUCAAUCCAAGAUAGACCAAAUUAAGCCCAAAAAUAAAAAUGAAAAUGAAAAUGUCAAGACGAUACAUUCUUGGGGAACUGUAAUUAAGCAUUUACCAAAUGAAUUUGUGCCAAUUCUGCAAGAUAAUAAUUUAUUAUAUCCGCAAUUUGAUAUGAAUUCCAAUAUUGCUGGAAAUGUUCAACCGAAUAACACAUUGAUUAGUUCGACAACUUCCGCAACACCCUUAGAUGGUCCUUCGAGCUUACCAUUAACUCCAACCAAGGUACGUUAUGUGAAACGCGAAGUGACAUGCAAAUUAUCGACUGAUAUAGAAGUCUUCAAUGAUAUUCAUUCAUUUGAGCAUGCUUACUUUGACGACGUGCCGUACAUGGAACGCAAAAGGGAGGACAAUGCUCCCAAAUUGUCUUUUCGUUUUCUAAAACAAGAUGUAAACGCAAGUCAAAGAAAUGUCAUCGUAGGAUAUUUGAUUCGUCUUGGAGUGCAUUGCGAAUACUCAUCUAAUCUCAUAUAUCAGACUGUCAAGUUAUUCGAUGUCACCAUUGACAGAAUUUUGGUAGAUACGAAUGAUAUCCAAUUAUUAGCCUUAACGUGUCUAUGGAUAACUCUCAAACGAGAAGUAACUAGUCAUAAAAUGCCAUCGGUAACUACGGUACUGCAAUUAGCGAAGGAUUUAUAUAUAAAUCGAGAGAAAGAUUUAUUAAUGUAUGAGAAGAAGAUUCUCUAUGCUGUUGAAUUCAACUUACGAUUCGGCGAUCCUUUUAGUUUACUUUGCUAUUACUUAUUAGAUGUGGUACGAAGUGGCAAAUGUAAUAUUAAUCUGAAUGAUGUUCCACGCAUCUAUUUUUGUGGUAGUUACUUGCUCGAUAUAUCCAUGCUGGAUGAAAAGUUAAGUGAUACGUCAGUAUGUGUUCUGUGCGUAAUGGCGGCAGAGUUAUCGCUUUGUUUUAUAUAUUCGAAUGACAUUAUUAAUUUGAAUUACGCAUGGAAUUACCAAGAAUGGAGAAAUAAAUUGUUGCUCACAGAAUGGGAACAAAGAAAUUUGAGUUUUAUAAAACAGAUUAUAAUACAACAAGCGUUGACUUUAAAUAAAUUUGGUGCAACUCAAGUUUAUAAAAAAUAUUUGCGCAGUAAAUACGGUAAAGUGUCCGAUUUUGUCCUCAAUAAAAUGAAGAAAGCUUUAAAUUCUGUUAAUAAAAUAUAAGAGAACGUAUUUUUUUGUGGAAAGCCUUAUAAAAUUGUAAUGGAAACAUUUUUAAAUAAUAGUUUAAG